AUGGUGGAUCAUCGAGGAAUGGUACAACAUCUACAUGUACUGCCUGAGUAUCGGGGAAAAGGAAUACGAUCGAUUUUGAUGGAGAAAAUCGGUGAAAAAGUCUAUGAAAAUCCGAUGGGAAUCAAACCAUUCUAUUGUGUGGAUGAGGAGAAUGAUGUGAUGAUGAAAUGGAUACCGAAAGGACAUUGGGUUCUCAAUUCCUCGGGCGCUCAUCAAAAGAUCCUCUUCACUGCGAUUUAUCCAAGAAAA